ACAUCUUUGCAUGUUUACCCAUCAUGGAAGUGGAGAUGUCGGUGUUGUUGCAGCUCAUACAAUUUAUUAUUCGUGACAUUUAAUCGGGACAUGUUUGAUGGUUACUGUUAUGUCUUUAUGAAGUAUUAUGCCAAAUUAUAUCUGGACAGUAUUGUAUGUCUUCGUGGCUCUGUGGGCUAUUACGAGAUUGGUAGCCUGGCUUUUUCAAUGGUGUCUGAAACGUUACCUUGAUGUUCAAGUUAAAGUAGGACAGAUCGGUUUAUUUAGAUUUGGAAAUGUACAAGCUGUUAUCAAGAGAGGUCUAAAUGUAGAAAUUGGUCAAGUAUGGUUGUCUAGCUGUUUUGUUAAUCCUGAAAUAAGAAAACCACUGGUCUUCUGUUUUCAAGAGGUGCGCAUUCAGGCCAACAUAGAAAAUGUGGAGUCAGGGCGAGACAGAGAUUCUCCAGGAAGGAGUCCAAGAGAUGCUGCUACGACUGCACAUAAUGAAGAAGUGGAAAGAAUAUCUAAAUGGCUACAUUAUGUACAAUUUCUGGGAUUUCGAGUGGAGAAGCUGACAGUGAUGUUAUUAAAGACAAUGUUACCUGAUAGUUUGAUACACAUUGAAGGACAAGAUAUCAGUGUGGAUGCUACUAUUACUGAAGAUAGUUUAGAUUUGGCAUUAAAUCUAUCUGGUGUCACAUGUAAGGCUUUAAAAUCUCAAGAAGGCAUUUCUGAUUCCACAAGUCAGCCAUGUUUAGCAGAGGUGUCUGUCAGUGUAUUCACAGAAUUAAAAGUGGAUAAAAAAGACCCGAAAAAACUUAAGGUACUUAGGUUUCUGGUAUCUAAGCCACAAAUUAUGAUGACAGAAGGAUUUUUACAGAGUCUUCAGGGUAUAAAAACAAGUGUGGGCCAAUCAAAAUAUGAAGUUUCAAGUAAUCCAGAUACACAGGAAGAAAACACCCUUGAUCUCAAUAGAUUUAAAUAUUUGCAAGAAGUUAGUUUUGAUUGUUCUGAACUUCAUCUGAAGAUAUUAAGAGAAAAGAAACAAAGGAGUCUAUCUGUUGGUCUAACAUUGUUUCAUCUAGGCUUUCAUAACGAGAGUACUAAUAACUUAGAUAUCUCCUGUAAUUUACGUUUAGACGAUUUCCAAACCAGUUCAUCUCAAGCAAGAUUUGCUGGUGUAACAAAAGUAGAUAUAAAAAUGAAGGUUAUAAAAGAUAACCUAAUCAAUCGGUCUUGUGUAAAAGGUGCCUUCUUUCAUUACCAUCAUGACGAAAUACAGUACUGGACAACAGUUCUACAGAAUAUAUUACAAGAGUCAGAAAUAAAAUCAUACCAGAAGUUCUCCAACCCACCGCCAACACAAACAGCUAAAUAUAAAAAAAGUGCAGUAAAAUGGGUGAGCGAAAAGAAAAUAGAAUAUGAAAUAGAGUUAUCUGAUCUUUCUUCUACAAUCUCGUCGGCAUCAUGUUCUGGUUUCCAUGGAGGUGUAUCACUCUUCAGAUUAUCAGGAAGUCUGAAACCUACAUUUGGUAAUGCAGGAUCUAAAGAUUUUUUGGAGUCCCAUGAUAUAUCAAUAGAAGCAGACGUAAGCUGUGUAUAUUGUUGGCAUAUAGACGCUGGUGUAGCGGUUAAUAUACUUGGUAAAAAGAAACAUCAUUGGGAUCAUAUUCUCUAUCUAGAAAUGAUGAUGAUAAAAGUCAAAAAGUUGGGCACGAUUUUAAAAAUUGAGGGCAUGAAAGAUAAUUUACAGAUAGAGUGGUCGACAAAUACUUUAAAUACUCUACUACUCUUAAUGUCUAGUCUCUUUAAAUCUCGUCAACAGUUGCCAUUAAAUAUACCACCCACAGACAACAGUUCUAAUCAGUUCAACACAUUUCCACAACCUAAAGGUUCCCGUAUCAAACUUCCUUCUAUAUACGAUACCCGUCUGUCAUUAAAGUUUGAUAUUAGUAAUAUGAAUAUAUUUAUUGCUAAUGAUUUAAAAGUUUGUUUAAUGUUAAGGACAGAUAGUAUUAGUGUAGAACAUCAAGCUAAUAGAUCAACUGUAGGAUUUACUGGUUUAAAACUAGUUUAUUUACACAUACAAGAACCUUUUCAGAGUUUAAGUCGAUCUGUUGAUCUACAGAAACCAGUAGCAAGUAUAAAAGAAAUACGACUUGUUUAUAAACAUGAUGAAAAGGAUAUGACUGUACAAGUUAAGAAGGAAUUGUUAGUUGUUUGGACAACUCAUGCCCACAUGUGUUUUUAUCAAGGUGUUCAAGACGCUCAAACUUUAAUAAAGAAAACAAAAGGUUAUUUUGAUAGUAAAAAAGGAGAGGAUGAAGUAAAAGUGAGUAAUAUUAAAACUCAAGCAAACAGACUACAAGUAAAUAUAGUUAUACAUGCUGAUGUUAAAUUAACAACAAAAUUAUCUAAACAACAUGAGAUGACUAUUCAUACAGAUAGUAUACUACUUACUGGUAAAUUACCCAGCUGCCUGAUGGAAAUCAGCCAUCUUUUUAUAAACUGUGAUCAACAUUGUAUAGUUAAGCUUAAAGACAUGGUAUUUGAAACCUUGUUACCGACCGUACUACAGAGAGAACGACAAGCUGUUGGUACAUUACAAUUGGCUACAAACAGAACAUGGGGCUUUUCUUUUGAUAUAUUUCGAUUUGUGUUCCCAUAUAAUUAUAAUUUUGCUGCCUGUUUUGAAGAGGUUGUGAAUACGUUUAAAUGGUUAAAACUGGUACAUAAGAUACAGAAGAAACCAUUUACAAUAGAUAGUAAAUUACCACCUGAUUUACGUAUACUAGUCAAGAACUUUAGUAUCCAGUUAUCAGAUGAUCCGUUUGAAGUUAAACUUGGUGAUAAUUAUGAGUUAUUAAAAGAUGAAUAUUAUGAAAGUAUCAAUAGAAAAGAUGUGCUAGAUGCUAAAAUAGCUGAUUUACAACGUCAACAUGGUAUAAUACCAGCUAGUCGUGUAGAAGAUUUAUAUGCUAGUUUAUCUAGAAAGAGUGGUGAUAUUUAUAUACAGAGAUCUAAACAAUAUUAUACAGCACCACUUAGAACCAAACUAUUUACCUGGACUAUGGAGAAUGUAGAAAUAACAGCUUUAGCUGAUCUUAAUUAUCAUGGUAAAGAUAAUGUGGUACGACAUAUGCAAGAAAUAGACUCUGAUAGUCCUUUUCCACCAGAAGGUUUAGAGUUUUCAACAUUAUGGUGUCGAUCUGUUAGUUUUAAUGUUAAAACAUGGUUAGUUAGAUUAAGAGAUUAUCCACUACCUAUGUUAGAUGUUAGAGAUAUGCAUGUAUGGGGACGACUGAUUGGAGCAGAACAAGAAGCUACAAAAAGAGCCAGAAGAAGUUGUGUUGUAGAAGUAAAUAAACCAUGGGGAGAUAUGAAAGUUGAAAGAAGUCUUCCACCAUUAAAAUACUAUCAUGAUUUUAGUUGUGAUAUGAAUGUUCUUACAAUGGCAUAUGGUGUUUGUUGGGAAGCUGCCUUCGCACAGUACAACAUCUGUAUGGACAAUAUCAACAAGCCUUCUAUAGAUCCCAGUCAACCAUUACCAUUCUGGGAUAAAAUACGACUUUUAUUUCAUGGUCGCUGGACGAUGUCUAUUGGUAAAAUGAGUUGGUUGUACCACGCCCAGUUAGAUCCAUUCAAUAAUACGGAACUAAUGGACUGGACGUGGACCAAUGUUGUCUUAGAUUGGACAAAUGGUAAAUUUUUAUUGAAAGGUGAUCUUGACAUCUCGGCUAAAACAGAAUCUAAAUAUGAUGACUGUAAAAUGCUCCAUUUACCUAAUCUCAGAUUUUGUGUUCGGUUAGAUUGGUUGUGUUUAGGUGAUCCUAAUGAUCAUCAUUCCGUCAUGCCAUGUGCUCCUGAUAAAAUACCAGAUUAUUCCAUGGAGGAACAUGAUUCAUUCCGAGCCUUUAGAUCAGAUAAAUUAAAUCUAGAUAUAAGUCUAGAAACACAGUUAAUUAAAGAAAAUCAAGAUGAUAUACCCAGUUGUUAUUUCUAUGCGAGUACUCUUAGAUUUAUGGAUAAAAUUAAGAGUUGUUUACUAAGUACAACGAGACCAAUCAGAAGAGGUACUUAUUUUAAAACUACCACCAGAAGAAAGCUACAGCUUAGUCGACAUUAUAGGAAAAUUAAAAUGUCCGUAAACUUUCAUCAGUUUUUAAUUCGUUAUUGGAUGUCGUUUGCCAAACAACAUGGUUUUGAGCUGCUGUCUGAUUCUUUUACCUUAAAUAUGUGCAAUAAACUGGCACUACGUCGAAUAGAAGAUGGUUUAAUACAUCGACCAGCAUCUGAGUGGAGUGUUUCAUAUUUCAUCUGUAACUUAGGUAACACCAAAAUAUGGUUGUGUCAAGCUAUGUCUGAAGAUGGUGAAGAAAAUCUGUUAAACAUGUCAAUGAGAGGACCUGUUGAUAAAAGUUUCUUCCUUAGCGUAGCAAGGGUAACUUAUAAAAGAGGAGAGAAAUCGAAAAAGAAAGCUGCUAAAGAUGGAGAAUCAGACCAUAUAAUACCGACUCACAGUGUACAGGUUCAUGAUAUGAAAGGAUCAUGGACUAAGAAGAAUCGACUGGUUUUAAUUGGUAUAUAUGAUAGUUACCAGAAGGCGCAAUCUUUAAGACGGAAUCUCUCAUCAGAAGCUCUUAAAGGUUUCAAAGUUGAAGGCAAAGAUCAUGGAAAUAGUAAAACUACAUCGAUGUCAUCACUGGUAUCUGGACCACCUGGUAGUCCAGUUGUUGCUACUAGUCCAUUAUCUAAACUACAGACAGGUCAUGCUCUAUCAAUGUUAAUGAAACUAGUCUCUGAGUCUGACAGUAAAUCAGUGGCUUUUACAGAAGAGCCAUCAAGUUCUAACAUGGAACAGUUACAUGGUAUCAGAGCUUGUCAAACAGAUGAUGUUGUACAGAAAAAUUGGCUGAUUGAGCUUCACAAUAGUCAGAUUAUAUUAAAAGGUUGUGAAUCACCAGGUUAUGUUAUAGUGAGUGCAGCUAAAGCUCAGAUAUUAUCAUGUUUACAUCACCCUAUCUGGAGAAACGGACAAUUACGGAGUAAAACUACCUGGGUAGGAUCAGUAGAAUGUAUGCAGUACUAUGCUACAGUUGAUCCAGGUGAUGAUUUUGAUGAUGAUGAGAUACCAUGGUUAGGUAAAGAGAAUGUAGAAGAUAGAUUUGAAGCUGAUUUAUCAGGUGUACCAGAGAUGGUUGGUAGUGGACAAAGUGUUGGUGGUGUUAUUAGUAAUACUGUUGGACCUUCCGAUCAGAAAUCUGGUGAUACUAUACAAUUACAAAGAAUUAUAUCUAGAUGUAAAUGUCAGUUUUUCUAUGCUAAUUAUGGUGAUCUCAAACCUAAUGAAUUACCAGAAGUGCCCUUACCGCCAAAUGAUGAGAGUGAUAUGAUGGAUAUGGAGGAAGGAAUAGAUACCUUUACAAUAUUACAUCAUGAUCUUAACAUGUGUUCUAAUCCUUUACAAUACACCAUUAUAUUAGAUAUUGUUAAUAAUUUGUUAUUAUAUGUGGAACCCAAAGAAAAGAAAGAAAAUCUACAGAGUAUGAGAUUUCGACUCCAGUUGUCUAGAGUUGAAGAUCAAAAAACACCUAUUCUUCAGUUACAGGAAAAAGUGAGAUCAAAAGCUUUAGAAUUGAGACGUCAUGAGAAAGAAUUACAUAAACUGCAGAAAGAAAUUGAUGAAUUCCCAUCUGAAUCUCAAUUAUUAGAGGAAAGUCGAGAUCUACAAGUACAGUUAAAUAGAUCUAAAACAGAUGUAUAUAAACUGAAUGAAGAACUGUCAAUCAGAAUCAGUUGUUAUAAAGAAAGUCAGCUACAAGUUAAACAACAAAUGAAAAUGGAAAAAGCUCAACAUGCAGAUGUGGUCAGAAGAAAUGAGGUUUGUUUUAAAUUUGCUCAGUGGAGAUUGACAGAAAAAGAUGGACAGCUUGGUAUAACUGAUAUCACUCUAAGAAAUUUUGUAUAUACAAAGACAAACCGUGAUGAUGAUGCAUGGACUCAUCAGUUAGAAUUAGGUUGGGUUAAAAUGACAAAUUUAUUACCUAAUUCUAUAUAUAAAGAUGUUUUAAUACCUCGAGAUCCCAUAGAGAAAGAAAACAGACAGAUGACAUUACGUAUUCUGUGUAGUGAACGACCGCCAGUUGGUGGUAUAGCAGUUAAAGAACAUUUUGAAGUAAAUGUGGUACCAAUGCAACUACAAUUAACAUAUCAUUUCUAUAAAGCUGUCAUGGCUUUCUUCUUCCCUGAUAAAAAUAUUGAAACAGACGAUCAAGAGGAGGAAAUGGAUGGACAGAAGAAAAAAGUAGAUAAAAAGGCAAGUUUGAGAGAAAGAGAGAGAAAAGAAAGAGAAUCAGCUAUGAAGAAAAGUCCAUCAUUUACAAGUGCUGAUGAUAUAGAUAAAAUGAAGGCAAGAGCAGCUAACAACAAUACCUUUCUUUAUAUUAAAAUACCAGAAGUUUUAUUACGUGUUAGUUAUAAGGGAGAAAAAGAUAAAAAUAUUGAAGAUGUUCAUGAUUUUAGUUUUGUUUUGCCAACAUUAGAACAACAUAACCGUAUCUGGACAUGGUUUGAUUUACUUAUGGCAAUGAAGAACCAUAGUAAAAGAAUUUUAUUGUCACAGGCUAUAAAACAAAAGUUACAUAUGAAAUCGCGAGCUGAUGAACCACCAUUAACAGAUGUUCAACAAGAAGAAGAUAAAGCUAAGAUGUUAUUGGGUGCUAAAUUAUUGGCUGGUCAAGAUAAACCAGUGAAGAAAAGUUUGUUCAGUAAAUCACACAAGUCAUAAUUUUAAAACUGUGAUAUGAAGAUACACUUCUAUGUACUUAUACCAAAAUGCUCGCUUUUUAUUAUUAUUAUUAAUAAUUAUAUUUUUACUUCUAUUGAAGUAUUAGUCACUGUUGUUUUAAUGUUUGACAGAACAAUUUGUUUUUUUCUUUUUUUACCCAACAUAUUUUCAUUUGAUUUAAUUUAUUAUUUAGAUGGCUCAUUUGAUUUAAUUCAUUAUUUAGAUGGUUCAUUUAAUUUAUUAUUUAGAUGCUUCAUUUGAUCUAAUUUAUAAUUUAGAUGAUUCAUUAUGACCUUCCAAAAAGAAGCAUUUUCUUCCAGCUUUAUAGAGGGGUAAUAAUUUAUAACUCAUCCCUUCUCUUUAAGCCCCGUUCAAGAAGGUAUAUAGGACAAUGAAAUGAACAAAUUUAAUUAUACUUACUAUGAGCGAAGUAAAGCACCUAAUUGAUUAUAUGUGACCAGUGACAGUAAAAUGAAUCGGAAGUCGCAAGUGAUUGUUUAAGAUAUACAUGUGAACUAAAUUGGCUAAAAAUAUAAAGAAAAUAUUAGUUUGCUUUAUUUGUCAAAUGUAAACUUUUAUCUUUCGUGUUAUAUCAUGACAUUAGGUAAGAUUAGAUAAAGAGCCGACAGUUCUCGCUAUAAUAGUUAUGAAAAGGGAAUAUGUUCAAAGUUUCAGUCAAAUUACUUCAUUCCGAGCCUUGUUAUCUGUGAUACAAUAACAGUAUAGCCUCGAUUGUCAUUGCUACAAUAAUAAACAAAGUCUUAAUUAUACAUUUUCAUCAACCACAAUAUGUAUUUAAAUCUGCUUAAUAUAUGAGCUAUCCGAUGGCAUCAAUAUUUGAUUAUUGUCUUGAUAAUUUAAUUAAUGUCUAAUUAAUAAUUUAUAUAACAUUUAAGUCCUAAAGAAAGACCUGCAAUAGGAAAAUUUGGCUCUUGUUUAAUUUCAAGAUAUUUUUUAGCUUUUUUUAACAUUUUUGUUCAUAUUAUAAAAAACUUGAGAUUUCCGACUCAUUUUGCUAUCACAUAUUUGUAAUAAUACAGUUGAUGAGUUGCAAUAAAUUGGUGGAUUAAAUACUGUCAUAUAAAUCAUGUUAUCUUAGAAUAAAGAAGAUAACUCUCUACUUAGAAUGCAUCAAUUUGUAUAAAUAUUGUCCUACCUAUAUCUAUGAUGAUCAUUCUAAAUAUGUUGAAAAUAUCAUACAUGUACACUUGAACAUCUUAAAGAUCAAACCACACGUAUAUUCAUUUUGACUGGACAGGUCAAAUGUCAGGGACAAAACUGACUCUUUAACAGAGAGGAUACAUGUGGAGAUGCUAAUUUUUAUCAUCCAAUAAAACAUUCUACAGUAGAUAUCACUUGUGUGAUAAUUUUCAUAUUCUACUGAGCAAUAUCUACAGUGGAGAUAUCCUUUACAUGAAUUUGAAUUAUACUCAAAGAAUUAUGUUUAUUUGUGCAUGUAAGAAAAGGUUGGGUUAAAAAUUAAAUCUUCUACUGGUCUUUUUUGAUAUCAAAAAAGACUCGUAGGAGAUUCUCUAUAUAUCCACAAAGUGUAAUAUAGUCAUUAUAUACAAUUUUUUUAUGUUAUACAUAACUGAAGUAAAUCUAGUUUCAUGAUUAUUGCUAUGAUAGAAUUUGAGCAGAGGGGUGGGGGGUCUAAGUCCAAGAUGAAGACAGCCUCAAGUUUGGCAUGAGGUCUGGAGGAUUACCAAAGAAUUUUAUAAAUUAGAAGCUCAGAGGCAAGAUUUCUGUUCAUUCAGAUGCAUACAUGUAUAGGAUUAGUGUGGAAUGGGGCCAAAAUGACAUCAGUGGUUCAAAUGUUUGUUUUUUCCACAUUAUUAUGAUGAAUGUACGGAGUAAAAAAUUCUCUGUGAGCAGGGGAGGGACAUGUGCCUGGUAAUAGAUAAGCAGAAAAUGAUGUAAUAUGUUAUUCUUCCAAAGACCGAUUUAUUUAUGGGAUCGCUAUACAGGUUUUAAAUAUUUUCCUGAAAAUAGCAUUAUAUCAUUUUUUUUAAAUAAUCAAUUUAUAUUCCAAAGUUAUUUUGUUUAUUUAAUCAUGUAUGUCUAAUGGUGUUGGUGUACUAAUGACUAGUGAUAGAUGCAACCCUUCAUGAAAAUUUAGUUUGGAGUUCAAUCCUAACACAGCAUUAUUAUUUUGGUUCUUAAAGUCAGUAAUUGGGGCGUAUUUGGUAGAAUAAAUUACUAGGGGGUUGCCAAAUGACUUUGCUUUAAGUACCCCAGUAAUCAUGAUAUAUUCCUCAUCACAAACAAAAACAUUAAUGUUAGGGCUGGCCGAAAAUAUCGAUAUUGCCGAUAAUCGUCUGUAAAGCGUUUGAAGAUCAAUAAUUGAUACAGAUUUAAAAUAUCGAUAAUAUCACAAUUAUAGGUAGCCACUUGUAAGAAGAAAUUCACAAAGGAUAAAAAGAUAAUCUGUAUCACAGUAAUCUUUACAUCGCACGUGCUUGCACCUAUCUAAGUAACUAAUUAAACACAAAGUCAUUAAACACACACACACUUACUGAUAUUGCAGCAUAACCUCAAAUAUAAUUCGUAAUUGAUAUACAAAUUAUGAAUGUUUUGAAAACAAGUGUAAGUAAAAGUAGUUCCUUGAUAUUAUCCAUUAUUGAUUGGUCUCUGAUUAUCAAUACUUAAAACCAGUAUCGAUUGCCAGUCCUAAUUAAUGUGCCUCUAGAGAAGAAAAGGCUGUAUGCAAGUCUUAGUUUAGUGAAAGUCAUACUUUGGUGAUUUUGAAUUUUCAAGUUUUAAUGCUUUAUGAUUAUAACAUUUAAGUAAAGUACAACAUGAGCUAAAGCAAGAUUGUUGCAGAGCCUUAAAUGGGUAAUAUGUCAAUGCAAACCAGAAUAAUUUGUUGUUAUAAAUCAGUUUUAAUCAUACUAAUUGUUGAAUAUGAAUAUUAAUUUAAAAAUUGUAACAGUGUAAGCUCUGGUACUUGCUGUAUUCUUGAAUAAUACCCCGUGUUUAUCUCACUAUAACAUCACUUACUGUUAACAAAUGUUAUUUUGGUAGCCUAUCAAUAUAAGAUGGAUUUUCCAACGUAGGUUACUUGAGAAUUGGAGAGGUUUGUAAGAUUUAAUAAGUUUGUAGUGCAAAGGUUUAUGGUGGUUGUUUUUUAUAAACUAAUAAUAUUGUUACUUUAAGUAUGAUAUACUGCAGCCAACAGUUUAUUUCAACAAAAAGAUAGGAGAAUCUCAAAAAGAAAAACUAUUUUACUUCUGAACUAUAUAUCACAAUGUUCUGAAUUUUGCAAUAUCUAAACAUCAAACGGUAGAGGGUAGGCAAAUUUGUCAAAUCUAUGAAUUAAAAGGUAGGCAAAUUUGCCAAAUCUAUGUAAUAGAACUUUUAAAUAGGAAAUGAAAUGGGGUUUAUUCUUCUAAAUAGGACCCCAAGUAAUAUAUAAAUACUGGUAUACAGAAAAGUGUGGAUAUUUUGAUAUUUUGCCAUAAUUUAAAUGUUAUUUAUUAGUGUAAACUAAAUUGUUAAGAUUGCAGUUAAAAAAUAUUUUAAUUUUUGUCAUGAAAAAGUCAUGUUAUAUUAAAUUUAAUAAAAUAUAUUUCAU